AUGCGCUGGCAGUCACUGCUUACCCUAAUCGCGUCCCUGUUCCUCUUAGCAGGGACAUUGGCAGCACCAGCUUCAAUCCCGGGACGAAGCGAUAAAGUUGCCAACCUCGAGGCCAGACAGGAACCUGAUCCUACAACGAAUAACAAACACAAACCCAGCGAGGCUUCGCCAACAGAGACAGAAAAGGAUGUGUCGAAGACGGCUACAGACGCGUCAACGACAGCAGAAGCUACAACAACGGGAAACACAGCUUCGACCACAGCUUUGACGACCGCUACAACACAUGCCACGGCAACUGAUACGGCUGCUGCAGCCAGCUCAACAAUCCCUUCCCUCGAUGGAGCAACAACCUCUUCUCAGAAGCAAGCAGCAGACUCAAGGCGACCAACAUAUUCCGGUGGUCUGCCCAUCAAACCGACAAUUACCCCAGCAUGGGGCGUGGGGGGAUUUAUACUUCUGGCUCUGGGAGCUGUUCUGGCGUUUAUCGGUGUUCGCAAACAAUGGGUCCAAAUCUUCCUCUCAACGGGAUUGCUCAGUGCAUUGGGAGUUACCGUGCUGAUUAUCUAUCUCAUGAGUCCACCGGUCAGCAAUGCAGUACAGGGUGGCUAUCUAGUCGCUGUCUUCUUCACCGGUGCCGUCUUCGGGGCUCUAUCUCUCGUCUUCAGAGAAAUUUGCGAGGGAUUAGGUUGUCUGCUGGGCGGAUUCUGCUUGAGCAUGUGGUUUCUCGCAUUGAAAUCCGGCGGACUUCUUACUGAGAACGGCCCCAAGGCCGGCAUGAUCAUUGCGUUUACCGUGGGAUUCUACUCGUUGUCGUUUAGCCAUUAUACAAGGGCGUAUGGGUUGAUCGGGUGCACAUCCUUUUCUGGUGCGACAGCCUUGGUCCUCGGAGUCGACUGCUACAGCAGAGCUGGACUGAAAGAGUUCUGGUUGUAUAUCUGGGGAUUGAACGACAAUGCUUUCCCGCUCAGAACGGAUACUUAUCCUGUCACACGCGGUAUCCGCGUUGAGCUUGCGGCGACUAUCAUGGUUGCUGUUCUGGGCGUGAUCUCUCAGAUGAGACUCUGGAAUGUUAUCAAAGAGCGCAGAGCGAAGGAGGAGAAUUCCCGCCUGGAGCUCGAAAGGAAGAUCGAAGAGGAGGAUGCUGAGGUCGGUCGGCGUCUGGAGGAAAAGAACAUCCAAGAACGCGCCGAGUGGGAACUCAUGUACGGUGGCGGAAAAGCAACCUCGGUUUCGGAGACUGCGGUUGGAGAUUCGCGCCGUGGCUCGGAUGGAUUCACCUCCUCGGACAACGAAAAGGAGCUGGAGGGCGAUGUCGAGCUCCAGGAGAUGCAGAGCCCAGAUAUCUCGGAUUGCGAGAAGAGAGAGCUAGGAGAAAAUGAUAAUCGAGGACUGGAGGCUGUUCCGGAAGAGGAUGUAUCCCAGAAUGAUCAGUCGGGAGAACCAAGCCAGGACCAGCGAUCCCAGAAGGAGGGGCACCGGGAAGAAAAGAUGCCGAGACCUGUAACCCCUGUUGUCACUCAUGUUCUCGGCGAGGUGAACGAUGACUCCUCAGAAAUCGGUGCUGAUAUCGGCUCAGAGGUUGGAACACCGCGCUCAAACCGUCUAUCUGGCAGAGGAAUCUUGAACAGACUGUCAUGGCGUAAUAGCAACGGGGUGGUACUCUCUUCGCAGUCCCAAGAGGCUCUGGUGGCUCGCGAUGACAACUCUUCCGUGCUGGGCGUUGUGGACGAUCUGCAUGAGAUGAGUGUUGGAUGUCCGAGUGUUAUUGCGGAUACUGAGGUAACGGAGCAAGAACUCACUUCUCCGGAAGCUGUUGUGGACUUCAAGGACGGUGUCGACUCACAAGCUGUCCAAAAGGCUGAGGUCGAUUGCAACGCAACCACAGCCCAACAACAUGCCGAGGAAGUCAGCACCGAGCAACAUUCUGCCAGUCGGACUGUUGAACACACAUCUUCCCCUGAAAAAGCCGUCCUUGUCGAUAGGGCUUUAGAGGAGUCUAAAGCUCCUGAGCCCACAACCCAAUUGCCAUCAUCGGAGAAUGAUGAAAAGGUCGAGAGUGUGAAGCAGGUCAGCGAAGACCUACCUACCACUGCUGAAACCACCAAAACAGAGUCCAUUACCGAGCCAAAGCUUGAUACUACGCCAGAGCCCUUGGUUGAGCAGACGCAGUCAAAGCCAGAACCAGAGACCAAGGUGAUCAAGAGACUUGAUGCCUCAGCCAUCAAAAGCCUCCCCGAGCAAACUUCACGAAUGAUCCAUUCUUACCGCACGAAUGAAUGGGCAAAACACCUCGCAAAUGCCGACACUCCUGAGAUGGAGCCAAUCUUCGACGAACCUGAACCCGAAGCAGAAGACUUGGAAGUUCACGAGACCCCCGCCGUUGUGGAUGUAGAUGGGCUCCUCCAAACUCCUCUGACUGCCCAACCGCCGCCAGUCAUAAACAGGCCAGAGGUAUACGAAGUGGACAGUCAACAAUUCGCCUACGUUCAAUCAGCACCCCCGCCAGAUAUUCCUCGUCCGAAGACACGAAACACGGUGCACGGCCUCAUCACAACAAAGCCCUCUGUAUCUCGCAACAAUUCGACCGCUUCAGUCAACAUGGUCCGGUCGUCUUCUGGCCUGAUUUCUGCAAUGCAACAGCCAGGAUUGACAUCGCAGCGCAGCACCUCAACUCCCCUGUUGACAAUUACAACUGUCAACAAUGAAGAACCAGGGCCAUCACCACGCUGGAGCGGACCACCUCCCCUUCUAGCAGUGCGCGAAAACAGAAUACGAAACCGCCUCUCCUCAACAUCCAACCGGUACGACCCCUGGGCCUCACGUAACCAAUCCCGCCAGUCACUACCGGAGAUCCCCCCCAUCGUUUCCCCCAUAUCACCACCUCUAUCCGUACCCGAGGAGAGGGAUGAGCACCAACCCACGGACGAAGAUGACAUCCCGCUGUCCAAGCGCCGCGCCCUGCUACAGCGCCAGACAAUGGAGUCUCCCUCCGCAGCAAGCCUCCACAGUCUCGAGGGCGCCCAUUCCCCCGUGGUGUAUCCUGCACCAGCUCACGCCGGCGAGCUCAAUCGAUCUGCCUCGAGAAUGGCCGCAUGGCGACAGUCUGUACGCGAGGAACUCUACCCAAAGCGGGAUUCCCUGGCCCUACAGUCCCCGCCGCUUAGCCCUAAUGCUGAGCGUCCACGCACAUGGGGCUCGGUGCAGCAGAUGCGCGAGGCUUCGUCUGCCCAGCUGGGCAAUGCUAUUGCGGAGGGCAUGCAGCGAGGCAAUAUGACGGAUCUUCAUCGGCAGGCUAUGCGACGAAUGCAAGCCUCGGCGAAUCGACUACUACCUCUAUCGAGGGAGGCAGAACCAAGUCGACAGACCCAAGACUCUCUUCCGCGGUCACCCACCCACGCCCCCGUGGAGUCAACACCGUUCUUCGUUCGCGCGCAGCGGCGACAGUGCGUCCCCCUCUCAGGCCCGCCGUCGCUCCUCCGCCCACCAGCCGUCCGACUCGUCAACCCGGUCAACUACGUCCCCCGAAUAACCCCCAUAACGGUCCUCCCCCAACAUUCCGACGAAAGCCUCGCCCUCACCCGCACCCACUCCCGCGACGCGCACCCUCUCCUCAGCAUCCCCGAGCGACGCCGCAGUCGCCUAACCCCAACAACCCCAAGCAGCCUCCACGUCGAGCGCAGUCAGGGGGAGACCGAAAGCGGCCGCACAAGCAUAGCCCUGCCCCGCCACCACCGGCGCAGCGAACCCUACUCGCCGACGGAAGAAAUGGCAGCCGCGUUUGCCGGCAGCGCUGCACGCGAAACCGAGAACCUGCGUCCUCCCGAGGCGGUGCAUCUUAGCCAGGAUGGGACGAGACAGAAUGACCGUCCCAGACACGCUCAGUCGCAGACUUCCCUCCGCUCCCAGUCGCAGAUUGCGGCUAUCCCGUCGAAUACGGGGCAGGCGGCUGAUGUUGCGGAGGAGCUGGCUUGGGGCCCGGCGCACCCUUGCUUCCCUCAUGUCAACCCGCAUGUGCCUAUUGGAUCGCGGGAGCAUAUGACGACGCGGAUUAUUCGAAUCAAGCGGGAUUGGAUGAUUAAGGGGGAUUUGGCGCCGACGUUUUCGAAUCUGUAUCCUGAGAUUCUGGAUCCGUUGUUGUCUGAACAGGAGUUCCGGAGGGUUAUUUCUACUGUCAAUGAGGGGAUUAUCAAGGCUUUUGACCCAUUCAGCUUACGCAAUUGGUUCGAUGGGGCCAUGGGGUUGUUGACUGGUUGGGUAUGGGAUGAUAUCAAUGCCCCUGCGACCAAGCACCAGCUACAAAAGGUGGAGGAUUGGUUGGAGAAUUGGAAUCGCGAGGUUGGCGACAAAGAAGGUGUUCAUAUCUGGAGUUUGAGGCGGACUGCGUAUAUGUCGCUUGAUAUUCAGAUUCCAGAUCCCAAGGUGGGUAUCGUACCUAGUGAAGCACCUUCGGCUCCCAAUACUCGGCCAAGUACUGGCAUUGGUGGAGGAUGA